AUGGCCAUUUAUUUAACAAGGAAGUUCCGGGUGGAGAACAGAGAGGGCCAGGAACCGGAGCGCAGCUUCUGCGUCCCGGACUUCCCGGAGCCGUCUGACGUCUACUGGCAGUACAUCGACCUGCUGACCUUCAUCCUGCUGUACAUGCUGCCGCUCCUCAUCAUCACCGCCUCCUACGCCACGGUGGCGUGCCGGCUGUGGCGCCGCAACGCCAUCGGCGACACGACCACGGCGCAGCACGCCGCCCAGCGGAGGAAGCGGCGGCGCACGCUGGCCAUGCUGCUGCUGGUGGUGGGCGUGUUCGCCGUGUGCUGGUUCCCCCUGAACUGCUACGUGGUGCUGCAGUCCAGCCAGAGCAUCGGCUCCUCCAACGCGCUCUACUUCUGCUUCCACUGGCUGGCCAUGAGCGCCACCUGCUACAACCCCUUCAUCUACUGCUGCCUCAACCCCGCCUUCCGCAAGGAGCUGCGCCUCCUGCUGGACAUGUGCAGGAGGAAGCGGCGGGCGGCGGCGGCGGGCUUGGAGCCGGAGCUCCGCCCCCUGGCCGCGGCGCCGCGCGACGGGACCGCCUGGCCCGAAAACCCGGAGCCGCCGCCGAGGUCGCGGCGCGCGCUGGUGUCAAGCGCCAGAGGCCACGCCUCCUCGCAACAGAGCCACGCCCUCUCCGGCCGGUCGCACAACCUCAAAGACGCGCGCGUGCUGUUCGCGGCCGGGCCGGCGCCCGCGGCGAGGAUCGACUUCCUGUCGGCGGAGCCCAUCGUGGCCGUGAGCUGA